AUGAACCCGAUGUGGAAGGUUUACAGGAGCAAGGUGAUGAAGACCCUCAACCCUGAGUAUGAGGAGGACGCUGUGGAUGAGGUCUCAGAUGUUGAGAACGAUAUGAGUCCAGUGCAGGAGGACGAGGGGCCGAGUGCUGUGUCCCAAAUGGCCAGGAAAAUGCAGGGGGCUGGGGCUAAAAGCUGGAACCGGCUAUCAGCUCUCUUCAACAAAGAUGAUGAGCAUCAGCUUCUGGAGGAGACUGAGAGUCCGCCUGUCGCCGACCAUCCACUUGCAGUGAAGCCGGAGGAGCCACCUCGGCCCAACAGGCGCUCGGGAUUCUGGGAUAGCUUUGCAACCAACUGGGCUGCCAAGAAGCAGGCCGAGGCCGCGGCCAACGCCGCCGCCGCCGCCGCGACGAACGAGGUCACGGAGGAGCAGGGCGAGGAGGCGGUGACGGAGGCCGGAGGAGGGGAGGGUCAGGACGGGCAGGUCGCCGAGGGAGAGGAGAGCGAAGGAGGAGGAGGAGGAGGAGGAGGAGGAGGAAGGAGCAACAACAGCUUCUCCAAGUACGUCUCGCUGGGAGGAGGCGGCGAGGAGGCAGCCUUCAAAUGGAACUUUGUUACCAGCAAGCUGGCAGAGCUGAAGACCAAAAGCAUGACCAAGACCAACUAGAGCGUCACGCAGGAGACCCGACGAAGACGUCCAGAUCUGCA